AUGGAGCCCCACGCAACUUCCAGAAGAGACCGUCUCAUCACUCGCACCCUCAAGAUGAAUGCGAUCUCUGAUGAAGCAGCUGUCGCUGCCUUCAUUGCUGAAGAAGAUCCCAAGGAUCUGUUGAUCGAGACGUAUGUGUGGCGCUGCGCUGACCUUGACUGCAAGCGUCUCAACGAGACCUACAAAACUCGAGAACAUCUGGACAGUUCGUUUUGGUUCUAUAGGGACUGCAGGGUGUGCAAGGAGCCGGCAACGAGCGGAUGUUGCUUGGUGGAAUUCAAGCUUGUGAGCCCUUACUUGCCCGACGGUAGCAGCUUGGUGGAGCGUGAGAACCGGUUUGACUACUUCGACGACUCUGAUGAUAACCUGCUUGACUUUCACGAGGGCUCUGAUGACAAGUUUGAUUAUUUCGACGAUUCUGACGAUAACCUGCUUUACUUGGGCGAGGGUUCUGACGAUUCUGACGAUAACCUGCUUUACUUGGGCGAGGGUUCUGACGAUUCUGACAAGUUUGAUGACAAGCUCGACGAUUCUGACGAGUCUGAUGACAAGCUCGACGAUUCUGACGAUUCUGACCACAAGCUCGACGAUUUUGACGACAAGCUCGACGAUUCCGAGGAUUCUGACGACUAUUCCGAGCGUUUUGAGUACUGGCUCAAUUUCCCUAGGAAGGUGGAUGAGAACGCAUAA